AUGGCGAUCGAAGUCGUCAACUUGACCGAGGCAGAUAUCCCUGGUGCUAUCCAGGUGAUUCAGCAGGCGUUUGCCGAUGACCCGUACUUUAAAUGGGUAUUUGAUGAACAAUCGUUCAAUGCACAAAGAAACUACGACUCCCUAGCUGCCCGAUGCCGCUGGGGCAUAAACAACGCCAUCUUCCAAGUCGCGAAGGACACCGACAACACUUCCUCGCCCAUCCUCGGCGUCUCCUGCUGGCUAGCCCCGCACCCAACAUCCCAACCCGAAACCUGGUACUCCUGGUAUCAAUCCUGGGUCCUCUCCUUCCGCCAACUAAUCACCAACAUCCGCUACCGCGGCCACGGCGGUCUCCGUACGAAUCGGUACUGGAUCUGGAAGACCAGGCAGCAGGAAGCGCAGUCGGCGAUUUGGGAUGAUCCCCGGGGUUAUUACUUUUGUAAUAUCGUCGCCGUGAGUCCUGAAGCGCAGGGGAAGGGGGUGGGGAGAAUGCUUUUUGAGGCUGUGACGAAGAGGGCGGAUAAGGAGGGGGUUAAGUGUUAUCUGGAGAGUUCGAAGAAUGUGCCUAAUGUGAAGAUUUAUGAGAGGAUGGGGUUUGAGAUGAGUAUGGAGAUGGAGUGUCGGGAUGGGGAGGAUGCUUGUAUGCUUUAUUGCAUGACGCGCGAGCCUAAGACUGAGUGA